CGUAUAGGAUAAAUAAAAAGAAACCAAAAACAAUAAUACCCGCUGCGUCGUCACGGUGACGUAUUUUAGCGAGAAAGAGCCGCGGAACGCUCGGUGUUGUGCCGCGAUGAUAAAAACUUUGACGCACGCGGGUAGGAAUUGAAAAAAAAUGACCGAACGAGAGGCGAUCGUCCGAUCGGAGGUGUAUCUCGCGUUGUCGUAACGAUUUUUUCCUUCUAACUCGGCAUCGUACGUUCUCUCGGAAUUGCGAGCGAAUCGUCGUCGUCGGGCGACUUGUUCGCGGUCUCUGCGAACUGGUUCUCCAAAAUGGUUGUGAUUUCGGUACGCCGACCCCCAGGCGGUGCGGAAGCGUCGCGUCGGAGGCGGAAGAAUUUCGGCGUCCCGACGCCGGGUUGUCGCGAGGUACCAGGGCGUCGAGAGGGGAGUAAAACGACGUCGGUAGUCGGGCGACGUUGGCCGCCUAGCGGUUGAACCAGCGACAUCGGGCUCUAGGUACGUUCGUUUCGUUCGCUUCUGUACUCUGAUCUCGUCCCCAGUGCGGCUCCACUAUUACCGUCUCGUGCUUGUGGAGUGUAUAUUGUGUGCUCACCUUGUAGAAGAUUACCAAACCGCAAACGAUCAGAACAGGGUGGGACAUCGUCACCCGGUCAGAGUCGAAGAUCGUUCGAAAAUUUCAUCGCGGUUCAUUUUCGGGGUAAUCAGACAGAGGGGUGUAAAAUUUUUCAAAUGGCAGACGGAUCGGCCGAGAUCGGCUGUUUUUGCGAUACAGAGGUGCAGCGGGAUCAGAUGCAGGUGAAAAGUCAAAAGUUGGUGGAUUUGAAAAUAACCGAUGAAAACUGCCAGCCGGUGAGGGAGGAGGAGGAGGAGAAGAAGCCGUCCGACGUUGAAAAAACGCGAGAGGUGCAUCGGGGGGAGGAUAAGGUGGUGCAGUACCAUAGCCCAUCGGAGAAUAAUCGGAGAAAGGCCGACCUCGCCGAGGUUAUUCCGCUGAUGCAGUGUGGCUCUUUGGAAAUCGGCGAGGAACGCCAGCGGCGUGUUACCAUGAUGGAGUCGCUUUGCCAAGUAACCAACAACAACAAAAAUAACAUCAUGAACAACAACAACAACAACAACAACAACGAUUUCAAGAGCAGCAACAAAAAUAGCACGACCAGUACCACCAACAACGCACCGGAAUGCACGGACCCCCAACAGAGAUUGGCCGUCCUCAGUUUCGAACAAGUUCGCCGACUCAACGACGUGAUGAACGAGGUGGUCGGUAUACACGGACGUGGCAAUUUCCCAACCCUCGAAGUCAGACUGCGGGAUUUGGUGACCGUCGUACGCAGUAAACUGGAAGCGGACACGGCCAAGGGUGGAGCCGGAUUGAGGGUGCGGGACAUACGACUGAACGGAGGUGCGGCUUCUCACGUACUGGCGACCGAGUCGCAGCCCUACAACGACCUGGACCUCAUAUUCGCGGUGGAACUAACGAGUGGGCGUAAUUACGACAAGGUCAAGUCGGCGGUGCUAAAAUCAUUGCUCGAUCUUCUGCCGGAAGGGGUGAUCCGGAAUCGCAUAACUAGCUGCAGCCUGAAGGAGGCGUACGUCAGCAAAAUGGUGAAGGUGAACAACGACGGAGACAGGUGGUCCCUGAUAUCCCUCGGCAAUUCCCGAGGCCACAGGAACGUCGAGUUGAAAUUCGUCGACACAAUGAGGCGGCAGUUUGAAUUCUCCGUCGACUCGUUCCAGAUCGUUCUCGACUCCCUCCUACUGUUUUACGAGUGCAGCAAGCUACCGAUAGGCGAGAACUUCUACCCAACCGUGGUCGGCGAGUCGGUAUACGGUGAUUUUCAGGAAGCACUUUAUCACCUGCACAAAAAACUCAUAUCCACGAGACACCCGGAGGAGAUAAGGGGCGGCGGUUUGCUCAAAUAUUGCAACCUGCUCGUCCGAUUAUACCGGGCGUCGCAGCCCGAUUACAUAAAAACCCUCGAGCGAUACAUGUGCUCGAGAUUUUUCAUAGACUUUCCCGAUAUCGCCCAGCAAAGGGCGAAACUGGAGAACUACCUUUGGAACCACUUCGUCGGGCCGCAGGAAGAAGCUCUAAAAUACGAGUACCUCAUGCUCCUUCACAGCGUCGUCGAGGAGUCCACCGUCUGUCUAAUGGGUCACGAACGACGACAGACGCUGGCGUUGAUCGAAAAUCUCGCCUGUCAAGUAUUCUGUCAGGAGCAGCAACGACUGAUCAGCCAACACCAACCUCCGCCACCCCCGGGACCGCCGGCGACCUUCGUUUACGCGAACGGUUACUAUUACGCGCCCGUCAUACCCGCGGCGGCCUGCUACCCGUGCACCUGCAAUUCUUGGAUGGCAUGUUCCUCGUGAUGCUACGGUAUUUGCGAAGCCGCUACUCCCCUUGUCGUUGAACAACGACGGGGUAAAAAUAACGCAAAAUCGCCGAACCAACGUAGUCUGCUGCACGUAAGUCAACAACAACCGUUGCUCCUACAGCAACAACAUCAGCAGCAGCAGCAGCAGCAGAAUUAUCGGCGAUACACCGGAGCCGCAACGCCAACAUCGUCGCCGACAUUGUGGAAUUACAACGAUAACCGUAUUCCUGGCGUUAUCAUUGCGGUACAGGACAAUAAUCAUCAUCAACAACAAUAUCGUAAUCAUCCGCAGUUUCGUUAUAGUAACAGUUAUCGUCGUCCGCAACGCAGUGAAGAAGAAACUGCAGAUCGUCGUUUCAGAUAUUCCCGUAUUUUAACCGAUGAUAACGUGGUGCAGCAACAGGUUAAACCAACGACUGCUGAAUCGUCGGAUAUUAUUUUUUAUAAUCAUCGUAAGGACAAUAGUUAUAGUUCGAAUGAUGAGAAUAAUGACCAGGAUGAAUUAGACUGUAACAAUAUUCGUCUCCACUGAUAAAUUAAUCACUGUUCUAUUUUUUCCUUCUUCUUUUUUUUUUUUGCUUUUUUCUCUUUCUCCACGUAAGUAUAGUGAUUAUAACAAUAAUAAUUAUUUUUAUUAUUAUUUUUAUCAUUACUAUCGUUAUUAUUUUUAUUCUUAUUAUUACUAUAACCAUACGGAAAAGAAAAAAAAAACGGUUUUACGAAAUCUAAAUGAAGAUUGCGCAUGUAUGCAGUUGCCAAAAAAAUCGAAUCAUUCGAUAGAAAAAAAAUUUAAUCAAUUGAAAACAAUGAAUCAAAAAUCGCCAAAAAAAAAGUAACCACGAAACAAAUUCUCGUUAAUGAGGAGAAAGAUUUUGAAAUGAAAAAAAUGUCUUGUUCUUUUUAAUUUUUUUUUUUUUCCGCUGCAUAAGCGACGAUAAUUAUGUGUACGCGGUUGGAUGAAUAACGUAUUAUACAUGCAACAUCUCGGCGUACUAAAGAAAAAAUGAAAACGAUAGAAAAAUAAAGAAUAUAUAUAUAUUGUAUACGUAUACCUAUUACUAAGAUCGUGUGAAAUUUUGAAUUUUGAAAAAAUCAUCACGUGCUUAAUGAUAAAUAAUAAUAUACCUGUACAAUACAAAAUAUAGAUUCGGUUUUCAUUGAGGGACGAAAUAAUAUCAUUAUUCAUUGAAUGUCGAAUAAUAAUCUAUUAUAUACGUUUAUCUCACUCUUUUCUCAUAUAUGGGUAUACAACGUUAUGUACACAUACCUGUAUCGUUACUUAUAUAAUUCUAAUUGAUAUACGAUGUUAUCGUUCGAAAACUCUGAAACAGUGUGCUGUGCCUAAAACUGAAUAGAAAAUAACUCAGUGUUGUCCAAUUCCAAUAGGGGAAAAAAUGAAAGAAAGAUAAAUAAAACCGAGUUAUGAAUAACUUGCCACUUAUUAUUAUUAUUAUUAUUACUACUACUACUACUACUACUAUUAUUAUUAUUAUUAUUGUUAUUAUAAUUCUCUUCGUGGUUAUAGUAUAAUAUAUAACAUGAUUAUAUCGUAUUAAAAAUUGAAAUGCAAAAAAAAAUUUUCUUUUUCUUCGUUUUUCCUCCCUCUUAUGUCAUUAUUGUGUUUUUAUGAUAAUGAUAUUAUUAUUACAAAUAGUUUUACUCCUAUUAUCACCACUAUUGUUAUUAUUUAGUAACCAUUCUCAUAUGCAUAUAAUAAACGCGGUAUCAAAUGAAGAUAGUAAAAUCGACUUUUUUCACCUCAUUUCGACGUACGUUUAUAAUAAUAGAUGAAAAUAUAAAUGAAGGGAAAAAAUGAGAAAAUAAAGGAAAAAAAAGAAAAGAAAAGAAAAAAGUAAAAAAAAAAAAAAAAUCAAUUAGAUAGAAUGAAGAAAGACAAAAUAAUUUACAUUCGUAAGUUUUCGUGAUCAUUAUACGAUUAUAGUAUAUAGAUAUAUACAUAGUACACUACGUUUAUAGUUAUGAAGUUGGAAGAAACAAGAAAAAAUAAAAUAAUAAAAACCUCUAGCGAAUUCACGCUAUUUCUACAAUUAUAUUGUAUACAUAUAUGUACGAGUUAUUACACAUAGGUAUGUACAACUGCAAGACUGGGAGAGACUUUGUUAUUUAGGUGUGUCAGAGUGUGGAUUUAUAUCGAAAAUAAAGAUAAAAUAAAUGAAAAUGAAGAAUAGAGAGUGAGAAAGAAAAAAAGUAAAAUUAAAUAAGUUUGAAAAUUAAUAAAGAAAAAAUAUCCAUUGGCCCACAAAUUAUUGUAAUAUUCUGUAUGGUGGAUGUGUAUUACGUAUUUAAUGAAAGUUUUUCGGGAUUCAAUGGGAAAGGAAGAGAAGAGAAAAAAAAGAGUAAAAAAUUAUCGAUGAUCAGUGAUUAACGAUAACUCGGUAAUCUAUCAACAUAUGAAAUUAUAGAAAUGAAAAUUAUAGAAACUGAUUAAUAAAUAAUAAUUAUCAUUAAUGCGAAUUAUAUUAACGAUUAUCGGAGUAAUAAAAAUAAUAUCGAGAACAAUGUUCGCUCUAUUAUACAUUGAAUGUCACUGUACAGCUCAUUAUUCUAUCAUAAGUGAUGGGAUUUAUGCAUAAAAUAAUAUUGAUAAUUCUCUAUGCAUGUUGUGUACGUGUUCUGCAUCAUAAAAUAAAACGAGAGCGUCGCCGAGAGAGAGGGAGAGAAAGAAAAAAAUAUAUACCAUACGAAAGAUCGAAUAAUAAAAAUAAAAAGAAUAAAUAAAAAGUUGCAGCAAAUUAUUUUACAAUAUAAUAAUACAUUAGAUGUGUGGCUGUGAAGAUAUUUUAUUUUUAGUUCGAAUCAAUUAAUAUGCUUACGAUGUUCAUUGUAAUAAAAUAAUAAUAUACCAACUGAUUAUGUGAAUACGCGAAGGAAGAGUAAGACUUUCAGAGGGAAAGAGUGAGAUGGAAGAAAGAACAUCACAAGAUAAAUCAAAAAAUCAGAGAACAGUUUAGGGUUAUGCAACGUGCGUGAUAUCAUUACAUUUGUGAAGAGAGAAGAGAGAGUAUACAAAAAAAAAAAGAAUUUGAAAAUUAUACACGGAUAAUAUGAUAUCCCGUCAAUUAAUUGAAUAUUUGUACGUGAGCACAAGAAAUCAUAUUAAGAAAGCACAGAGAUUGUGCGCAGAGUUUACUACGGUGUAAUUCAUAGUCGCCUGAAAGAUAAAAAAAGCAAAAACAAAAACGUGCGCGAUGUAGAAAAUUAAAUAGGAAGAUCGAGCUCCUGUAACAGGGAUACAUUGAAUAUAAUAGAUAGAGCCCCCCGGUCAUUCGCACCUUGCAUAACUUUCUUCAUUAGGUACAGCCUGGUAUAAUAUAUUUGCGCUAUUGAGUGACGGCGGAUUGCUUCGCUCUCCGAGGCAAAUUAUUAUUCGCAUUUUCAGGGGAGAAGGGAGUUUGACGGGUUGGAGAGGACUUUACUUAAUACCUUAUCUCUUACUUCCUAUAAUGUCAGCAUUAUAAUAUUAGAAAAUUGACGGGGGUAAAUCUCUGUGAGAGCAAUCAGCUGUAAUAUUAUAAUGUUGUAGAAAUAUGCAGAUUUAUGUUGACCGGAGACCCCGCGUUCAGAUUUUUCGUUCUUUACUUUUCCUUCGUUAGUUAUUUAAUUAUUUAGUUUCAGUUUUGAUUAUUUAUACAUCCAGCUCGUUGCUGUAGUUCACUCUUCUCACCGGCUUUAUAAGCGAAAGUAAAAUGGAGGAAAAUAAAAAGUAAGAGUAAAAAAAAACGUGCAUUGCAAACUGGUUUUUCAAGUAUCGUUCGCAAAAGUUCAUUUACGAUAUAUGUAUAAUGCUUCUAUGUAAAUCCUCCAUCUUUUUCUUCGCUCUCCCUGCUCAUCUUUCUCGCAUUUUACUCUCAAUCAUACAUAUAUAUAGGGGCAGGCGGGGCAAAUCGAGAUACUCAAGAAAAGCUCGAGCUUUGUAAAACUUAAAUACGAUGAAACUUCUUUUUCUUAUUUGUAAUUGAAGUGAAUGAAAACGAUUUGCAGUUACCAUGAAAAAAAAUUUACAAUUUGUCAUCAUCAUUCUUUUUUUCUUAAGAAAAAAAAAAAAAAAAAAUGAGGAAAAAAUCAAUAAAUAAAGGAGAAUCAAAACGAAAAAUUGAUGAUAAUGUUGAUAGUGAUAAUAAUAAAUGAUAAUAAUAACAUUAAUUGAUUAUGAUGAUAAUAAUUUCUACUCAAUCAACACCCAAGGGGUAGAUUUCUCAUUUGUCGUGUCGUUUUGAUCAACACUGGUCUCAGGAAUAACAAAAAAAAAAAUUAAUCAUAGUAAGAAAUAAAACAUGACGACUAUUGUGUGCCCUAUUACAUGAUAUUGAUAGUUAUUGGUACUUUCAUUCCUUCUUUCCUCCUCGCCCUUAUUUUUACGAUAAAUAAUUUUCAUACGUAUGCGUCUGCAGAAGCUGUUUUUUUCCACUUGAAAAUGUUUUCCAUACAGCUACACAACUAUGUAUUAUAAAUAUACGUGCAUACAUAUUUUUUCUUUCUUAAUAUUCUAAGAAGAACAACACGAUAUCAGAAUCGUAUCGAUUAUACCUAUAGUACAUGAUAUGUGGACACACUCUGAUGAUUUUAUAGAUCGCAUAUACAUAUAUCUAUAUACACACACUAUGUACUUUGUUACGAUUAUCAAAUAAUUGAACAUGAUAAUAUAACAGUAACAUGUAUGUUGUACAAUUUUAUAAAAUAUACAUAUUGUAAUAUCUAUAUACCCAUAAGGACAGGAAGAUAGGAAUAAAUGCUACAAUAAAUUAUCAUCAUCCUAUACAUGUGUAUAUCUAUUAUAUAUUAUCUGUACGUAUAUAUAAAUAUAUAAUAGAUAUAUUCAAUGCAAAUAUGCUUAACGUUUAUAUCGAUAUCAUAUACAAUACAUAUAAUUAUAACUGACAGUAUACAUACGUCUAAAAAAGAAAAAAAAAACCCAAGACAAAAAAGUACUGGUGAAAAUACAUACGAUUACGAAUAUCAUGCAUAGUUUUUAGUAAUUACUAGACCUAUCUCUACGAAAUGUAUAAAUUAUUAUUUAUUACUAUAAAUAAUUUCCAUACAGUA